CAAAAGGCCUGGCCCUGAAUUCCUGCAGCCCCUACGUUGGGUGCCACCUGCGCUACGUCUCACAGUAGACCUGGGUCUGACUAUCCUCAACCAAGCGCUGGCCGCGUUCCACGGAGAGGCUGAGAUUCCUUAGCCUCGGGUACAGUAAUUAUGCCGUAUACAGAUACGCACAUAAGCAUCCCGCCACAACUUCCAGAAAUAUUGAAACAAUAUACAAAAGGUGCUAUCCGAAACCAGCCUCCAGAUCUUCUACAAUGGUCUGCUGAUUACUUUACAGCUGUUGCCCAUGGUGAUAUUCCUCCAGUAAGGGAGCGAACGGAGAGGGCCCCUCUAUCAAACUGGGCAGACCUCACUCCAGAGAUCUUAAAGGUCUUACAUCAAAGAGUGGGUGGGAGACUGAUAGUCCAUGCGGAUGAACUGGCUCACUUAUGGAAGGUGCUGAAUCUCCCAAUAGACUUAUUCGAGAGCGUGAUGAAUGUAGGGCAUUUUACUGAAGAAGUUGAAUGGCUAAAGUUUUUAGCCCUGUCAAGUAGUUCUCUUGGAGUUAAUAUCACAAAAACUCUGAAGAUCAUAUGUGAGGUUUUAUCCAACGAUGACAGUGGACCUGCACGUAUUCCUUUUAGCACGUUCCAGUUUCUCUACACGUACAUUGCAGAAGUGGAUGGGGAGAUAUCAUUAUCCCACGUCAACAGAAUGCUCAAUUACAUUGAACAGGAGAUCAUUGGACCAGAUGGUCUAAUUAAGGUGAAUGAUUUUACCCAGAAUCCUCAGGUCAAGCUGGAAUAAGAGCAAAGCUUUCCAGCAGUAUGAUAGCAGGAUAAAUGAAGGAAGCUGCUGCUGAAUAACUCUUACCAACUGGUCCUUCAUUGACUUUUCUUCUGUCUGUUAAUAAACAAUUUGGCAAAGAAUUCAAUAAAAAUGUGAGAGUGUGGUUUAAGAAAGAAUGUUAGUGAAAUGGAAUCUUCUUACACACUAAUAAUUAGAGCAUGUCAUACAUUUUGUGCAGGAAAUUUUCCCCUGAAAAUUCAAUGUUUCUGAAACUGAAAAUUUUGCCAGAAAAUGUCACUUCCAAAAGACUUUUGUUUCUUCACAAAAAAUUCAAAAUGAAGAAAAUAAUUUUGAAUCAAUGUUUUGCAAUAAAAUGAAAAAUGUUUAUUUAAAAUGUCAUGCUAUUUCUACACUGAUUUCCCAGUGAAUCUCAGAUCUAGUUCAAGGUCUCAGAUCAUUUUAGAUGUGUGUCAUGGUUUGCCUUCAGUGAGUGUGCAUGUGUGGCCUGCAAUGCCUCAAAACUGUUUGAAGCACUGUAAACCGUGCACAGUGCAUGCACACCCAUUUGCUGCACUGCUAAUUAGCAGCACAGCACCAAAAUUUGACACCCGGAGAUUCCUGAAAUAAAAAAAACAAACAAACACUAGAGUAAAAAAAGUGGUGCGGUGCAUGCAGCAGAUGCGUGCAGUGCCAGAAAUGGAGCCUGGCCAGCCAGAGCCACACUCUGAUGCUGGCUGGGCUCUGACUGAGUGGCCAGAUUGGUGCUGCUGCUGCCUCGGGAGGCCCCCAGGGCUUCAGGUAAGGCUGUUAGGGCCAGCACAGGUGCU